GGACUAUAAAUUCUAGCUACGAGACUUGGAUGUCUGUCGUCGCCCUCGCAGCAGUGGAACCUUCUCGACUUGCAGCUCUCAUCGAACAUGUGGCGCUACCUGGCGGUCGUUUCUGUCUUGCUGGUGGCUUGUUCAGCAGCCUCCUGGAGAGACUUUGAAAGGAACAGGCGAGUGCUGGAAAGUAAUAACAACUGUCCCAAAGAAUGCAAGAGCAAGCCCAUGGAAAUCUCCUUCGUGGUUGACGCCUCUGCCAGCAUCUGGCCGGACAACUUCACCCUCGGCUUGAACUUCAUCGAGGACUUUGUCGGACUUUUCGACAUCUCGCCCUCUGCUGUGAGAGUAUCUCUGGUGACAUAUGGUGAGGUGGCCUAUGGUGACGACUCUUUUGGCUUCAACGCCUACACCAACAAAGAUUCCCUCGUAAAAGCAAUAUCGGAAGUGCCGUAUCGAUCAGGAAUCAAGACAAAUACCAGCGGCGGAAUCAAUUUCAUGAUGGACAACCACAAGCCGGAGGCGCGGCCCGAAGUUCGUCAGGUGGUCAUCGUGCUGACGGACGGCAACUCUCAGGAGCCGGACCUGACGGCCCAGGCGGCCAAACGAGCCCGAGAGGCGGGGCUGGAGGUCUUCGCCAUCGGUGUUGGCCAAUCUGUAUCGGCUGAAGAACUUCACAGGAUCGCCAGCGACAACAGGCAUGUGUUUGUGGUAUCUGGAUACAAGAUGCUGGAGGACAUUAAAAAGCGCCUCGCAUACGAAGCAUGCGAUGUGGUCCCUUUUCCACCGUGCCAGAUGGAUCCAGUGGACCUUAGCCUUAUAAUCGACUCGUCACAGAGCAUCGGGGAGAGCAACUUUACCGUCGGCAUGGACUUCGUACAGAACUUCGUCAAGAGCUUCCAGGUCAACCCUCACACCGUCCGCGUCUCCGUCGUCACCUUUGGGGAUGUUGUCUACACUGACGACGCCUUCGACUUCGACACGUACGAUAACUCCAAGGACCUGCUUGACAAGCUGCAGGCUAUCAAGUGGCGCCAUGGUACAUCCACCAACACGGGCGCUGCCAUCGAGUACAUGCGGGACGUGCAGAUGGUCAAGUCUCGUCCCACUGCAGCACACGUCUGCAUCGUCAUCACCGAUGGCCAGUCGCAGCUGUGGAUGAAAACCAAGGAGGAGGCGAAGAAAGCCCGUGAGAAGGGGAUCGUCAUGUACGCCGUGGGCAUCGGGAAGCUCGGCGAGGAGCUGAGUGAGGAUGAACUCCUCGGCAUCGCUGGCGACCGCAGCCGCAUGCUGAUUGCUGACAACUACGCCAAGCUCAACACCAUCCGCGAGCAGCUCACCACCAUCACGUGCUCCGGAAUCAUAAACGCCCUGCACCUUAAGGCUACAGCCUACAGGCAGUAAUGACAGCCAUCACAGUGUGUGGACAACCUUCGUCUUUUCUCUACUUUGUCAUCAACACCAGCUUUCUGCCGCACGUGGAGGCGUGGUGCACGGCAGCAAGGACGGACGUGCAUGUGCGCGUGCCACCAAGGCAACACUUUAAUUAAACACUGAACACUGAACACUGUGAUUGCACAGAAGAUAUGGCGGUGAACCGAGUUUGCUGCCAACGGAAAAUUUGCGUGUGACGCUACAUUCAACUGAGGACUGCGUUCACUGUAUACUCACCUCUCUGCACACUCUAGAGAAAUAUUCCCACUUAUCAAUAAAUAAAUAGAUAAAAAUAAAUCACUGAAACGGC